AUGCGUCUCUACCUUUCAACGAGAAAACCAUGGGACAGCGUUUAUACCACAGAAGAUGGCCAAGCCAUCUACAAGACGACUACGCCAUGGAAGAUCUGCGAGAGAAAAACCAGCAUCGAACGUAUCGUCCCAAGCCAAGAGAUAGAGAACAUGCGCGAUGAAUUUGCUCACCUUGCGGAAGUGGACUAUGGAGUAUUCUCAUCGAGCCACAUUCGAUAUGCAGGCCAGGAUCUGGUGACGAGAGAUUUUUUCAGAAAAGGUGCCUGGUCGUGGCGCGGACGACAAAGAGGACGAUUCUUCACUGGGCCCGACGGAAUAGAAUAUAGAUGGAAGUUGGGCGUCCAUGUUCCAGAGCUCUUUUUGAAUGACGGCAUCGAUACCCCUGUCGCCUGCUAUCACCGCAGCAGUUUGGGAAUUUUAUCCCCCGCCCACGCCGCAUAUCUAGAAAUCUUUCCAGUUGGAGAACACAUGGUUGAUUUGAUCGUAGUGACAUUCAUCUACAUGGAGAGGUUGAGGCAAGAGGAAGAAGCGCAGAGGACCCGAGGCGGAGGUGGUUCUUGA